UCGGAACAGAUGGUUUGGUGAAUAAUUCCAGUUUCUUUUUUAUAUGGAGAAAAUAAUUUUUCUCUUUAGAUUGCUGGAUGUAAAUUUGUUGGAGAGGGAAUCUGGAGAAGACUGAACUGUCAACUGUUACAAGGUUCUGCAGAUCCUUCAUCAAGCAACUGAGGAGCCAUGAGCUGGAGUUUGCUCCGUGAUGUUUUGAGUGGGGUGAAUAAGUACUCCACAGUAGUGGGAAGAAUUUGGCUGAGUGUUAUGUUCAUAUUCCGGGUCCUGGUCUAUGUAGUGGCAGCAGAACGGGUCUGGAAUGAUGAGCAGAAGGACUUCACCUGCAACUCAGAGCAACCCGGUUGUGAGAAUGUGUGUUAUGACUAUUUCUUCCCAGUGUCACAAGCAAGGCUCUGGGCACUGCAACUUAUCAUGGUCUCUACCCCUUCCCUUCUGGUUGUCUUGCAUGUGGGUUAUAGGGAACAGAGGGAGAAGAAGUAUCAUAAGAAGCUGUAUAAAGAUAAAGGGGACAUAGGUGGGGGUCUGUGGUGGACAUAUUUCUUUAGUCUGGUGUUCAAGACGGGAGUUGAGCUUGGCUCCUUGUUCAUUUUUCACUGGAUGUUUCAUGGUUUCACGGUUCCCCGUCUUUUGAAAUGUGAGGUUGCGCCCUGCCCCAACACAGUGGAUUGUUUUGUUGGUCGGCCAACAGAGAAGACCAUCUUCCUCUACUGCAUGGCCAUCUCCUCAUCAAUGUGCAUACUGCUGAAUGUCUGUGAGAUGAGUUACUUGGUGAUCAAGCACUGCAGAGAAUCCUACAGGAAGAAAUCUAGCAAGCAAGGACGGAGGCUCAAGUGCAGAUGUGAGCUUCAGCAGCCAAUAUAUAGUAAUCUAAAAGCAUUUAAGAAUGGCACCAUGAAAUCUGUUGCAAGCAUUCACUCAAUGUGAAACCAGAAAAAAAAAUCAAAGGGGCAAUUUCUGUUUCUGCUAACAUUAACUGCUUUGAGGGAUACCAACUAAAUUGCUUUCAUAUGAAAUGAACAUUAACUAAAGAUGCAUUGCAGAACCUUUGAAGAACUAUUCCCUGUUUAAAUUCUGUGUCUUUUUCACGUUCCUUUGUUUAAAUGCUAUGCUUUCCUACUUAAACAGAUGAAGGAAUAUAUGGAAAGGUGAAUAGCACCUUCAUCGUGGUUCAAAGAUAAUAAAAUGUCACUACAAUUGAGUAGAUUAUUAAUGAUGUCUACUAAAAUGCUUCUUUCCUUCAACACAUUUAUAAAUAGUGUCAACGUAUAUAUAAACCGAAUGUACAAAGUUCUGAGCCUUCCCUUUGAAUUGUGAAAUAAAACUUGUGUUUUCAACUGAGAAAGGCAAAUACAGGGAUACUAGACUACUGCAGAGUCAUCUCUUGAUGCAAACUAACUGAGUAAACCAUCUGAAUGACAACUUUUGCAUUUGACUGCUUAACAUGCACACCAACUCGUAAUCAAGUACGCUGCACUGCAUCAAGAGCGGUUUCCAGGUCCACAUCCUCAUUCAACGAGCAGCUCUGAGAGAUCCCUAUUUAUAGAACAAGUUUAGUCCUAUCAAAGGCUUGCAUUGUGAUAUUACAAACAAGGGAAGGCAGGUGAAUAACAAAUGUAUACAAUAAAUAUACCUUUCCGAAGAAUUUACAUCAACAUUAUUUAUGCCUGUGGGUAUGAGUUACCAUACAGAGCACAUUCUCCACAAAUUUGACUGCUCUGUCAGUGAAAUAUGUAAACUGGGAAGUGGAAUUCUCUUCCAGCUGUGCAUGAAUUUACCUUUGGUCAUUCACUAAUAGCGGAAUAAACUUACCUACUGAGCAUCUUGCCCAUACAGGCAAGGGAACACCUUGAACUUUGGCCAAUGCUGAUUUUAUUCAUUUCAAGAAAGAGAUUAAAAUGCAAAGAGCAGGAAGUAUCCUAAUUGUCCGUGUCCAGUGACUCCUAAUUGGAAGUUGAGCACUCAGACACUGGGUGAAAAUAGAAUUAGUCUUGCCUGUGGUGCUCCCUGCAGGCAAAGUGCCUGCUGUCAAUCACAGCCCGGGCUAAGUACCAAGGAAUCACUUUCAUCCCUGCCUUGAUGGCUGACCUCCCUCCUCCCAACCUUGAACCUUGAUCUGAACCACAAUCCCAUCCAAUACAUAAGAGGUAAUCAGUAUCUUCAGGAGAAAAGAAAAAAAGAAUCAAAUUAAUGUAAGACCAAAAUAAAUUAAUGUUAAGGAUAUUUACAGCAGAUACUGGGAAUAUGCCUCAGGUCAAUUAGUUACUAUAAUGAGAAAGGACUGGUUAGCCUUUUUAUGCAUUAACCCCAUUAUCAGAAUACUCCAGGUCUGCUCAAGGGAGGGGAAGAACUGUUCUAAUUAUAGAGAGUUGUUUUCUUCACACAAUAAAAAAAGCUUCGACCAUCCUCACACUGUUACCUCAGGGGUCCUGCAAAGAUCUAUACUCGCCACCUUUCAUUCUUCAUCAACCUGCUAGUCCUGAACAACAUUACGCAAAAACACAGAGGGUCACUGUCCACAUGUGUGUUGAUUACACUCAGCUCUACCUUAACAUUACCACUCUUCCUCCUGCUUCUGUCUUUAAGUUGUCAAAAUACUUGCUCUGUAGUGAGUAACAAAUGAGCAGAAAUUUCUUCCAACUAAAUACAGGCAAGUCCAAAACCAAUCCUGAUUCAGUGCCUUGACCUGAAACAUCGAUCAUCCCUUUGCCUCCACAAAUGUUGCUUGACCUAUUGAGUUCUUCCAGCAGUUUGCUCCAGAUUCCAGUAUCUGCAAUCCCUUGUGUCUUCAAAUCAAAACCACCAUCUUCACUCCCUGUCAUAAACUUGGUUGCAUAGCCACCAAAUCCAUCCUUUUAGCUAUCAACUGCCUCAAACUGAACUUUGCAGUCUCAAAGUCAUCUUUGAAUCUAAUUGACCUUCUCAACAUGGAUCCAAGCCUUCAUGUCUACACUUUCCUUAGCUCCACUGAUGCCGAAAUUCUCAUCUAUGUCUUUGUUAUCUCUCGACCUUAAUAUUCCAGUGUACUCUUGGUCAGCCUUCCUUAUUCUCCUCCUGACAUCAAAAUUGUUGUUCAUGUUCUGGCUCACAUCAAGUCCCAUUGACCUAAUACUCCUGUGCUUGCCAAGUCUGGGUUAAGCAUUGCCUUGAUUUUAAUUGCUCACCCUUGUUAUCAAAUAAUUCCAUGACUUUGCAUUAUUCACCUCUGUUCUGGCAGGCAUGGUAGUGUAGUGGUUAGCGUAACGCUAUUACAGUGCCAGUGACCUGGGUUCAAUUCCUGCCGCUGUCUGUAAGGAGUUUGUAUGUUCUCCCCAUGUCUGCAUGGGUUUCCUCCCACAUUCCAAAGACGUAUGGGUUAGGAAGUUGUGGGCAUGCUAUGUUGGCGCCGGAAGCGUGGCAACACUUGCGGGCUGCUCCCAGAACACUCUACGCAAAGGUGCAUUUCACUGUGUGUUUUGAUGUACAUGUGACUAAUAAAGAAAUCCUAUCUUAUCCUAAUCUCCUACAACUCUGUAACCCUCCACAAUGAAAUGACUGAUACUUUGAACACCCAAAAUUAAAAGCUUUAUUGUUUAUGGCUGUGCCUUCAGCUGCUAAAAUCCUAAAUUCUGAGAUUUCCCCCCCUUAAACUUUUCUGCCCAUCUCACCUUUUCCUUUUAAGUGGUUCUCAAAACCCAGCUCUCUGAAUAAUCAUUAGGUUCUAAGUCCUAAUAUCUUUUAAUUCAUAACUUAGUGUCAAAAUCAUAUUUGAUGCUGCUUCUGAGAAAUGCAUUGGAAUAUUUUACUCCCUUACAGGUGCUAUAUUAAUGCAAGUUCACAGAAUCACAGAAUGAUUACCGUUUGGGAGGUCAUUCAAUUCAAGUCCAUACCAGCUUCAUGUGAGAACAAUCCAGCUCCUUGCCCUUGCUUCACAUCCCUGCAAUUUCCUUUCCUUGUAGAUAUCUUUUGAAUUUGAAAUUGGUUCCAUUUCGCUUUUUUGCCCAGUGGAAAAUGAUGCAAAAUAUUAAAAAAUGAAAUAAGUAACUUGAUGGGUUAUAAAAAUAUUUACUUUACCAUGUGGUGUUUUGGAAGUUUGUACAAAUCAUGGGAUGAGCUUGAAUGCUACUAAGAUAUGAUUUACUUAUUGUUCCAAAUCAUGUUCAGUGGAGUAAUUCUAUUAUUUUGUUUCUUCUUUCACCAUGACACUUCUUGUAGUUACUUUCAAUUUUCAUGAUUACAAGGCUGCAAAUUCUUGCCUACUUCAAAGGGCAUUAAGAAUCACCCAUAUAAUGCAAGGUUGGUCACAGAAUAGGCCAGUUCAGGAUUAAUCGUCCCCUUGGCAUUUUACUUCAGUCUGGAGUCUUUCAUGGCCAUUCUUCUGUGGGACAGGAAAACAAAUGAUCAGACUUGAAUUGUUCACAUUCUACCAUGAUGGGAUUUCAACACAGCUGCUAGGUUAGCACAGAUGUUAAACUACUGUAACUGAGGUACUCAUGAUUAUUAUUUUACAUUUGUAGAUGGAUAUUCACUUUAGUAAUUCAUGCAUUGUUUACUCUUCUAUCUAAAGUGACAAUUCCUUAGGUUUUAAAUGCCAAAUUUACUUAUAAUAUUUUGUCCAAUUGUGCUUUGUGAUAAUAGCAUUAUGUAAAUGUACUUUUGUUUUGCAAUACAGAACUAUAAUAGAUAUUGCCUUGAAGAAAGUAAAAAUAUGUAUUUUAAUUCAUCUUUCACUGUGUGUCUAUACUAAUUUUACAUAGGGUUGAUGUAUUGAUAAGAUUUGAUGAAACUCUGCAUUUACAACUGUAUUUAAGAAUGAAAAUAGUCUAAUGUUUGAAGUAAAUUAAUUUUAUUUAAUGAUUUCCAGGAAUUAAUUCUAGAAAUUACAUACACAAUUCAAUAUGUGCAUUAGGAAAAAUACAAGUUUUAUGUAUUGUUUUGACAAAAAAAUAGACAUUUUCUCCAGUUUUGAUUUUGUAAAUGUACAUGAGCAGUUUAGGAAACAAUUACACUUGAGGUUACUGCACCAAUUUGGAUGGAAGCUCUCAACCUGGAUGAAAAAAUAAUUUAAACAAUACAGCAUGACUGAUCUUUUUUAAUAAUGAGGUACUAAAAAAUUCCAUAAGUCAUGAUUGCUUCUUUCUAGAAUAUGUACCAUCUAUACCAUGUGCUGCUGCAACUCACAUGACUCCUUAGACAGCACCUUCCAAACACGCAACCUCCACCAGCUAGGAUAAGGGGAGUAACAGCAUGGGAACACCACCAAAUGGAAGUUGCCCUCUAAGCUAAACUCCAUUCUGACUUGGAAAUAGAUCACAAUUCCUUCACCGUCACUUGAUCAAAAUCUGGAACCCUCUUCCCAAUAGCUUUGUGGGUAUACCAAGACCUCAAGGGCUGCAGUGGUUCAAGAAGGCAGCUCACCACCACCUUCUCAAAGGCAAUUAGUGAUGGGCGAUUAAAUGCUGGCUCAGCCUGUGAAGACAACGUCCCUUGAAUGAAUAUAUACAAAUAAAAAUUAAGAAAAACUAUCUGGUUUAAAUCAGAGAAACUGCAUUGAGAACUGUAAUGAGAAAAAAAGGUCUGAUUCCAUUUUCAAGAAAAAAUUAAGAUUAGUUUGGAUCCCUCAGCAACUAGAAGCUGUGGGGAAAGAAACCCAAUUACUUAGAAGACAUUUUCAAACCGUAUUUCUUGGAGUUGAGAUCUUUUGAAUAUCUGUGCCCAACAGAA